AUGCGCUUCAACGUCAUCGGCCUCUCGGCCCUUCUGGCAGCUACUGCCACUGCCCUUCCCGUCGCUGUUCCUGACGUCCAAACCGUCCAGGAUGUCGUCUGGGAGACCGUCUACGAGACCGUCUGGCAGACUGCCACCCCGACCAGCGAGGUCGCUCUCUCCGAGCCCACGGCCCCUCUGGCCGUCGAGAACUUCGCCGUCGCUUCUUCUUCUAGCACCGAGACUCCCUCGAGUGUCCCAACUUCCACCGCUGUCCCUACCACCAGUGUCCCCACCCUGAACAUCCCCGGCACAACCAGCGUCCCCACCGUUGUGCCCACUCCCACCGCCGUCGCCACCAGCACCCUGGUCCCCAGCUCAACCAGCGCCGCCAGCGCCACCGGCAGCGGUCUCAGCAUCCAGAACAACCUCGAGGACACCGUCUACCUGUGGGUCGUCACCGAGACCCAGGGUGAGAUGCAGACCCUCAAGUCCGGCGAGACCUUCGACGGCCACUCCUGGUUGACCAACUCCAACGGCGGUGGUAUCUCCAUCAAGAUGUCCACCAGUGAGCUGUGCGACAGCGUCCUGCAGUUCGAGUACACCCAGUCCGGCGACGUCCUCUUCUGGGACUUGUCUUCCAUCAACCUCCUCAAGACCUCGGCCUUCGUCAAGGCCGGCUUCGGCGUCACCAUCAGUGACAGCUCUUGCACCUCGGCCACUUGCGCUGCAGGUGAUGCCAACUGCAUUGAAUCUUACCAGCACCCCGAUGAUGUCAACACCUUGGCUUGCACCAUCGAUGCUGCGUACACACUCACUCUCGGUUAG